AUGUCUAUUCAACCUAUAAUCACUUUCAAGGCGGGCCAGUGUGAAGUUGAUACAUCAAGCAAGCCUUACAAGGUCACACCUUUGGCAACGAAGGGUUACAUAUAUCUCUACUCUGAGGAUGAACUGAUCCACUUCUGCUGGCGGCCACGCCAAGCUCAACUCGACGAGCCAGAGCUUGAUCUGAUGAUGAUCCCAACCGAUGGCCACUUUGUCCCAUACGAAUACAAAACCUCCGAUCAGCCAACUUCCAAAACAAACGGACGCAUCUUUGUCCUCAAGUUCUCGUCCUCCUCCCAGCGCCACCUAUUCUGGCUCCAAUCACAGCCGCAACGCGCCGAUGAUCCCAGCUCAUUUUCGACCCGUGAUCAGAAGAUUGGGCAAAUUGUGGACUCCCUGCUGCAGGGCGAGGAUGUGAAUGUUCGCAGCGAGCUUGAGGAUGUACAAAAUUUCAGGGGCGGAGACGAUGAGGACGAGACUAUGGAGGACGUACAAGGCCAUGGCGACCCAUCAGAACACCACCAAGGAAGUGGCGGAGGCGCUGGCCCAGAUGCUACAGGUGGAGAUGUCCGUGAGGAGGGCGAGCCGUCGAGGGAAGGAGGCGCCGAGGGCGGAAGAGCGUAG